AUGUCUUCCUCGUGCCCUGAACCCAUCGCCAUUGUAGGGAGUGGCUGUCGCUUCCCUGGCGGGGCGAACUCUCCCUCCGCGCUGUGGAAGCUGCUUCACCAUCCUCGCGAUGUGUGUGAAGAGAUCCCAGCGGACCGCUUCGACACCACCGCCUUCUACCACGCGGAUGGAAGUCAUCACGGUACCACCAAUGUGCAACACGCCUAUCUGUUGCAGGAGGACCUGAAGCAAUUCGACGCUGGGUUCUUCAAUAUCAGCCCCAACGAGGCCGAGUCCAUCGACCCGCAGCAGCGCCUCCUCUUGGAGACCGUCUACGAGGCGCUGGAGGCCGGUGGCCACACCCUCGAGGCCCUACGCGGCUCGGACACGGCCGUGUACGUUGGUACCAUGGGCGUUGACUACAACGAUACGCUCUUGCGGGACUUGAACACCAUCCCGACCUACUUCGCGACAGGCACCAACCGUGCCAUCGUCUCGAACCGGGUGUCCUACUUCUUCGACUGGCACGGACCGAGUAUGACCAUCGAUACCGCCUGUUCGUCCAGUUUGAUCGCUGUGCACCAAGCCGUGCAAGCUUUGCGAACGGGCGAGUCGCGUGCGGCUGUUGCAUGUGGUACUCAGGUAAUCCUGGGACCUGAGGUGUUCAUCUUCGAGAGCAAGAUGAAAAUGCUGUCGCCUACCGGGCGCUCCCGGAUGUGGGAUUCCAAUGCGGACGGCUAUGCUCGCGGCGAAGGUGUCGCGGCUGUGGUUCUGAAGCGCCUGAGUGAUGCCAUUGCCGAUGGCGACCACAUCGAGUGUUUGAUCAGGGGCACCGGAGCAAACCAAGAUGGUUACUCGAACGGCAUCACUGUCCCCAGCACCGAGGCACAGGCUGCCCUCAUCCGUCAAACGUACACCCGAGCGGGACUCGACCCGGAGAACCCUCUGCAUCGCCCCCAGUUCUUCGAGGCUCAUGGAACGGGCACCAAGGCGGGCGAUCCCAAGGAAGCCGCCGCCAUCCAUCAGUCGUUCGGCCAGCGAGCCCCGGGCGAUCCGCCUCUCUACGUCGGGUCGGUCAAGACCGUCAUCGGCCACACCGAGGGUGCUGCCGGGCUGGCGGGUCUCUUGAAGGCUUCUGGGAUGGUCAAGAACCAAACCAUUCCUCCGAAUCUGCUGUUUCAGCAGCUGAACCCGUCGAUCGAACCGUUCUACAAGGGGCUCAAGGUCCCCACGACUCAGCUCCCCUGGCCCGAGCUACCCGAAGGGGUGCCCCGGCGUGUUAGUAUCAACAGCUUCGGUUUCGGCGGAAGCAACGCCCAUGCUAUUCUCGAGGAGUAUAAACCGGCUGAAUCCGCGCUUGUCGUUCAUCAGGCGCCAUCAACCCCGUUCACCCCAUUCGUUUUCUCUGCCGUAUCGGACGGGUCGCUCGCUAACCAACUACAGGCAUACUCUGAAUAUCUGAAGGAAAGUCCCACUGUAGACCCUCUCAAUCUCGCACACACGUUGCAAUCGCGUAGGAGUCAGCUGCCCGUGAGGGCGGCCUUCUCCGCCGCAACCGUGGAGCAACUGACGUCCAAGAUUGACGAUAAGCUUGCCCAGCUGGAGGGAAGCCCUGGUGCCACCAUCGGUAUUCGUCCCAGCAACAAGCAAGUCUCUCCCCAUGUCCUGGGUGUGUUUACGGGACAAGGCGCACAGUGGGCCGCUAUGGGAGCAUGCUUGAUUCGCUCGUCUGAUUUUGUGCGCGAACGAGUGCUCGAUCUCCAGAAAUCCCUGGCCACACUGCCCCUAGCUGAUCGCCCUGAAUGGAAUCUUGAGGAGGAGAUGCUUGCGGGAGCGGAUACCUCGCGCAUCGCCGAAGCCGCGCUUUCCCAGCCUCUGUGUACCGCCAUUCAGAUUGUUCUUAUGGACCUUCUGAAAGCCGCCGGCAUUACCCUUGAUGCCGUCGUCGGCCAUUCUUCCGGUGAAAUUGCCGCAGCAUAUGCGGCCGGGUUCUUCUCCGCCCGCGACGCCAUUCGAAUUGCCUACUAUCGCGGCGUCUACGCCAAGUUGGCCGGCAACCCGAUCACCAGCCAGAAAGGAUCCAUGCUGGCAGUUGGUACUUCCUUGGAAGAUGCGCAGGAUCUCACUCGACUCAGUGCCUUCAAAGGUCGACUGGCCGUCGCAGCCCACAAUUCGUCCGCCAGCGUGACCCUCUCCGGCGAUGCCGAUGCGGUGGUCCUUGCUAAGAAGGUGUUUGACGAAGAGAAGAAGUUCGCCAGGCUGUUGAAGGUCGACACAGCCUAUCAUUCUCCCCACAUGCUGCCAUGUGGUGACCCUUACAUCAACGCCUUGAACUCAUGUGGUAUCAAAGUCAACAAGCCACAAUCCGGGAGUCCUUCCUGGUUCUCGAGUGUGACGGCGAGCAACGAAGCAAUGGAGCCAGAGGACAUGCUUCGCGACACCUACUGGUGCGAGAACAUGACCAACACGGUUCUGUUCUACGAUGCUGUCAAGAACGCCGUCGCCAGCGAUUCGCAGCUUGCGGUUGCCAUUGAGAUUGGGCCCCAUCCUGCGCUCAAAGGUCCCGCCAUGCAGAAUAUCGCAGAAGUACAGCCGAACCCUCUCCCCUACACCGGUCUCCUCAGCCGCGGCAAAGACGACGUUGAGGCCUUCUCCGACGCCCUCGGCUAUCUGUGGACGAAUCUGAGCGGUUACCGCAUCGACCUUCGGACCCUCGAGACCACACUGUCCGGUAAUGCAUCCAAGCCAACCCUCCUGACGGGACUGCCUUCCUACCAAUGGAAUCACAACCGGGCAUACUGGCACGAGUCGCGGCGAUCGAAGAAGAUGCGCAGCCGGACGCAGCCUUUCCACGAAAUUUUGGGCGUUCUGUCGCCUGACUCGACCCCACGCGACAUGCGCUGGACGAACGUGCUGAAGGUGUCGGAGAUUCCUUGGCUCGAUGGCCAUCAGCUACAGACCCAGACCGUCUUCCCCGCAGCUGCCUACGUCGCCAUGGCAUUGGAGGCUGUCAGAAGCCUCGCGUCAGACAAGUCUAUCCGAUCAUUGGAGCUUCUAGACUUGACGAUUCCGCGUGCGAUUACUUUCGAGGAAGAUGGCAACUCUGGAGUAGAGACUCUCACGACCCUUACGGGUAUCACGACCACCAAAGACGCUACGACCGCUGAAUUCUCUUGCUAUUCCUCUCCGGCCUCGGCAAUCGAUCAGGAAAUGGAGCCCAUGGCGACUGGGUCCGUGAAAGUCGUGUUUGGUCCCUCCGACGCCGCCACUCUGUCCCCGGGGUCGCUCGACGAAUAUAACAUGUCUGCAAUCGAUGCCGACAGCUUUUAUUCCUCGCUCGGCAAUCUCGGGUACGGGUACUAUGGCCCGUUCCGGGGAAUGUCGUCCCUGAAGCGCAGACUCAACAAGUCUUCGGUCAUGGUGGACACCUACAAUUACACAGAUGUCGAUACCUCGUCAUACGUCGUUCACCCUACCAUGCUAGACGUCGCGUUCCAGGCCGCAAUGCUUGCAUACUCGGCCCCCGACGACGAGCGCCUGUGGUCGCUCCAUGUGCCCACGUCCAUCCGGAGGAUUCGUGUCAACCCCGAGCUCUGCUUCUCUCUGCCGACUUCUGGAACUCGCGUACCGGUCCACGCAGCUCUGGAUGACUGCGAGUCGUUCCACGCGAGCAUCGACAUCCUGGGCCCGGAUGGCCAGAACUCGAUGAUCCAAGUCGAGGAUUUGACCAUUAAGCCCUUCGCGCCGGCAAUGGAGAAAGACGACCGCCAUUUGUUCUCGAAGAUCAAAUUCGACAUCGCCUCCCCGGAUGGUGCGGCUGUCACGCGCGGUAUUCGUCCUUCGACGCAGGAGUCUGAACUGGCUGCUGUCUGCGAGCGACUCUCAUACUACUACGUUAGAAAAUGGAAGGCCGAGAUCAGUGACGCAGACUGGAAGAACGGUCAACCUCACCACCUAAUGCUUCGGGACUUCGUCUACCAUACUUCUGACACCGUCGUCAACGGAACGCACCCUUGUAUCAAGAAAGAGUGGUCCGAUGAUACGAAGGAGGAUAUUGAGGAAUUGACAAGCGGAUAUGCGGACGCGAUUGAUGUCAAGCUCCUCACAGCGGUUGGUGAAAAUAUUCCUGCCGCCGUGCGCGGGGAGACCACGAUCUUGGAGCACAUGCUUCCGAACAACAUGCUGGACGACUUCUACAAGAAGGGUCUUGGCUUCGAACGAUACAAUUCGUUCUUGGCUGGCACGAUGAAGCAGGUCGUACAUCGUUAUCCUCAUGCUAAGAUCCUCGAGAUAGGUGCUGGAACGGGUGGAGCGACGAAGUCCGUUCUUGACAGCAUUGGGUCUUCGUUUUCUUCAUACACGUACACUGAUGUGUCCGUGGGCUUCUUCCAGCAAGCGUCGGAGCUGUUCAAGGCGUACAGCAACCAAAUGGCCUUCCAACUCCUGGACAUUGAGAAGCCGCCAGCUGACCAAGGCUACGAACUGAAUUCCUACGAUAUUAUCAUUGCAUCCAAUGUUCUGCACGCCACGCAAUCGCUCGAAAAGACAUUGGAGAAUACGAGGAAGCUUCUGAAGCCCGGUGGCUAUCUUAUGUUGCUGGAAAUUACCAACAAUGGGUCCAUCCGCUUCAGCAACAUCAUGGGUGGCCUGUCUGGCUGGUGGCUCGGAGUCAACGAUGGCCGGAAAUAUGCGCCCACCACCACGCCUGCACAAUGGCACAGCGCCCUUCGCAAGACGGGCUUCGGAGGAAUUGAUACUAUCACCCCAGAGAUUGAUAACCUCUCUUGGCCGUUAUCCAUCAUCGUCUCUCAGGCUGUUGAUGAUCGGGUGAACUUCCUGCGACGUCCUUUGCUGAAGUCCCUGUCGCCGUCCGCGGUCCAUAUCGAAAGUCUUGUUAUUAUGGGGAACAAGAGUCUGGAAACCUCCCAGAUCGCCGAAGAGUUAGAGUAUCACCUCAGUGGUUUCUGUGGCCGGAUCACUGUUCUCGAAGACUUGCCUAGUGAAGAGGAUGCGCUUAUGCUGCCUCCGAUGAGCACAUUCAUCAACCUUGUCGACAUCGAAUCUCCAAUCUUCAAGAACAUGACGGCUGAGAAAAUGGACGGCCUCAACCGCAUGUACGAGCUGGCUGGACAGAUCCUGUGGAUCACUGUCGGAGCUAAUGAGAACGAGCCAUACCACAUGGCAAGCAUCAGUUUCAGCCGUGCCAUGAGCCAUGAGGCAGGCCACAUCUGCCUAACCCAUCUCGAUCUAUCCAAUCUGGAUGACAAUGCUUCCAAGCUCAUUGCGGAGUGCCUCGUCCGGCAAACUGCCCUCGAUGAAUGGGAGUCGUCGCGCGGAAGUCAGAACCACAAACCGAUGCUUUGGUCGAAAGAGCCCGAGGCCUUCUUCAAUCGCGGCCAGCUCAUGGUUCCCCGACUCAUGAGCAAUUCCGACCAGAACGAUCGCAUCAACGCUGCGCGCCGUGUGAUUACCAAGGAUAUGCGCAAUUCGACCUCCACCGUUGCCAUUACCCCGUCUGCAGACUCCAACUUCUCGCUGGUGGAGCAGGUCUUGCCUGUUUCGGGUGAGAGUGUCGAGAGCAUGGUGAGCGUUGAGCAGUCAAGCUUGACGGCGCUCCGUGUUGCGGCGGAUACUUUCCUCUACCUUGGAGUUGGACAGACUGGUUUGACUGAGGAACCUGUGUUGGCGCUUUCGUCUUCGAAUUCUAACCGGAUGGUGCCCCUUGCGACGGUGCCAGUCCCAUCUAGCCUUCCAGCCGAUAAGGCCGUCGGUGCUGUUUCAAGCGAGCUUCUCGCCUCGUCGCUUCUUGAGAAUGUCUCUUCUGGAUGCAGCAUGGUUGUUUACUGCGGCAACAACGAUCUCUCCCUUGUCUCGUCUUUGUCAAGGAAAGCAGCGAGCAAGGGAAUCCGCAUCGCCAUCGCCAUUGAUUCCAACGGCCAUGACGGCAAUGGAGGAAACCGAAACUGGGUGACUGUGAACGAUCGCAUGCCGAGACAGGUCCUCCGGCAACUGUUCCAUUUUGCCAAUGCUACGCAUUACCUGGAUCUCACCCCUGGUGCUUCGGAGCUCAGCCAGAACAUACCUGCUGUUCUAUCGCCGGAUCACAAGAGGAUCAUGCCCACCGAGAUUUUCCGCGACAGGGCCCUGGUUUCAUGCGACAGCUCUGAGCUGAUUCGUCGACUGGAGGAGGCCGUCAAAGACGUGUCCGAUGCGUCCGAUGCUCGUGUCCCAGAUCUCACCGUUGAUAUCGGUCAGAUCCGCAGCGAUCAACGCCAUGAGGCCAAGAUGUCCGUCGUCAAUUGGCAAACGGACAGUAACGCAACCGUGGAAGUCCGACCUCUUGAUGCACGUCGCCUCUUUUCUCACGACAAGACUUACGUGUUGUUUGGGUUGUCGGGUCAAAUUGGCCAGUCACUCUCUGACUGGAUGGUGGAUAAUGGAGCUGGCUGUGUGUGCCUGACGAGUCGCAACCCGAAGGUUGACAAGGCCUGGCUUGAUUCCUUUGAGACCAAGAAUGGCAAGGUUAAGAUCUAUCCGAUGGACAUCACGAAUAAAUCUGCACUGGAACAGGUCGUCAACGACAUCAGGGCUACUUGCCCGCCCAUUGCGGGUGUGGCAAACGGUGCGAUGGUUCUCAAGGAUACCCUGUUCUCGAAGAUGUCUGUGGAGACGAUGCAGGCCGUCCUGGGACCCAAGAUUGAUGGGACACGCAAUCUCGACGAGGUGUUCUACAACGAUGCCCUCGACUUCUUCAUCCUGUUUUCGUCUUCUGCAUGCGUCAUUGGCAACUCCGGCCAAUCUAACUACGCAGCCGCCAACGGAUACCUCAAUGGUAUCGCCAAACAGCGACGCAAGCGUGGCUUGGCUGCCUCGGCCAUGGACAUUGGCCGUGUUGCUGGCAUUGGAUAUGUCGAGACAGCUGGACAAGCGGUGAUGCAACAGCUGACCAGAUUCGGUCUCAUGGCAAUUAAUGAGCCCGAGCUGCACCAGAUGUUCGCGGAGACUGUUUUGACUGGAUACCCCAAGCCGGAGGACAAAUCAGGCAUCCCCGAUGCGAUCGUCACCACGGGCAUUCGGACUAUCCGCGAUGAUGAGGAUAUCCAGGGCCCGUGGUUUGAUAACCCUCUUUUCUCUCACUGCAUCAUUGAGUCUAGUGGAGUUGGGGAGACCGCUGAGAAUGGGGAGAAGAAGACCUCUCUCCCUGUGGCCGAGCAGCUGGCGGCGGCAUCGACGAUUGAACAAGCUCUCGAAAUCGUGCAAGAUUGCUUUGCUGCCAAGUUGCGUGUUAUCCUACAGCUUUCUGAUCAGGCGAUUGACUACGACGCUCCCCUCGUGGAGCUUGGCCUUGACUCGUUGGUUGCCGUCGAGGUGCGGUCAUGGUUCUUGAAAGAGCUUAAGGUCGACAUCCCGGUGCUGAAGGUGGUCGGCGGAGCAUCCUUGAGCGAUCUAUGCAGCCAAGCUGUUGACAAAUUGCCUGAAGAUGCCAUUUCGAGUGUCGGAGGCGCUGCGGACACAGCCAAAGUAGCGGAGCAAUCUAUCUUGAAGCCAGUCUCACCUCCGCCAGCAGAGUCCAGUACUGCCUCCAGAACGAACUCGGGUCCGUCCAGCGUCAUCUCUGGAAACGAUGGUAACACGACACCACCCUCUUCGACUCAGCUAUCCUCGAGGUCUACAUCCUAUGAGAACCUUGCAAAAGCGGUGGAACCGAAGAAAGCGGCCACGCCAUCAAGAAGCCUCAUCAAGAGGGAGCCAAUCUCACUAGGUCAGUCUCGCUUCUGGUUCCUCAGGCGCCUCCUUGAGGACCAGACGACGUCCAAUGUGGCCUUUUACUACAAGAUCACCGGCAACCUGCGCAUCGGCGAUAUGGAGCGAGCCAUUCGUGUUGUCACUGCUCGACACGAAGCGCUGCGUACCUGCUUCGUCGAGGAUGAAGACCGAGCUGACCGCGCUUUCCAGAACGUCAUGACUAGCUCUCCAUUGCGACUAGAGAGAAAAGAUAUUCAGUCGGUCGACGACGUAGAGACUGAAUAUGCUAGGCUCAAGGAACACACUUUCGAUCUGGAAGGCGGGGACCUGAUCCGACUCGUCUUGCUUUCGCUCUCCCCGACAUCGCACUACUUUCUCGUCAAUUAUCAUCACAUCCUGAUGGACGGCGUCAGCUUCCAAGUAUUCCUCUCCGAUCUCGAGAAGGCAUACAAUGGCGAGAGCUUGGGCGCACCUCCGCAACAAUUUCCCGCCUUUUCGGCGGCCCAGCGCGCCGCCCUUGAGGCAGGCGAUAUGAAAGAAGAGUUGAGCUAUUGGCAAAAGGUGUAUCCGGUAGGCCAACAGCCGCCUGUUUUGCCCCUCUUGCCUAUGGCUCGAAUCACUACGAGAGUGCCGAUGGCGGAUUUCGACGUCCAUCAAGUUCGAUACCGACUGGAACCCGCCCUAGCAGCACGGGUCAAGGCCAUGUCCAAGAAGCAGCGAUCCACGCCUUUCCAUUUCUACCUGGCCGCAUUCAAGACGAUGCUUUUCAAGUUUACGGACGCGAAGGACUUGACCAUUGGCAUUGCUGAUGCCAACCGCACUUCGGACGCGGUGAUGGGCAGUCUUGGUUUCUUUUUGAAUCUGCUUGCCUUGCGCUUUGGCCGUCAGGACAGACAGGGCUUCAAGGACGCCAUUGUCGAAGCCCGCAAUACAACUUAUGGGGCGCUUGCACACUCCCGUCUUCCAUUUGAUGUGUUGCUGAAUGAGUUCAACGUGGCUCGCUCCUCUUCGCACAGCCCUUUCUUCCAGGCCUUUUUCGACUACCGCCAGGGCGCCCAGGAGAAGCACAAAUGGGGUAAUACGCAGUUCGAGUUCCAGGAGAUUCAUCCCGGACGAACUUCGUACGACAUUACCCUGGACAUCACGGACAAUGCCACAGACGGCUUGAUCAUGUUCCGCGCUCAGAAGAGUCUUUAUGAUCUCACGGCUGUCAAUCUCUUGCUGGACACUUAUGUUCAUCUCUUGGAUACCUUGUCUACCAACGAGUCGACGCGUCUGCAGGAUACGCCGCUCUUUGGUGAUAAACAACUCACAGAAGCCGUUCACAUUGGUCGAGGUCCAAAUCUUGUGUCUGACUGGCCGGUGACGCUUCCUCUUCGCAUUGAUCAGAUUGCUCAGCAGCAUCCAAGCGACACAGCUCUAGUCGAUGGAAUCAGCCAGGACCUGACAUACUCCGACAUGACCAACCGAAUUCAGGCCAUUGCUGAGGCUUUACAGAGCGCCGGAAUUGGACACGGUUCUCGUGUGUUGGUGUUCCAGACGGCGGCUUCCGACUGGGUUUGCUCUAUGCUUGCCAUCAUGCGCAUCGGGGCUAUCUAUGUUCCAUUGGAUCUCCGGAAUCCCGUAUCUCGCUUGUCUACUGUGGCCGUUGACUGUGGACCUGGUGCGAUCUUGGCCGACAAUUCUACGAUUGAGGAUGCACCGCUCCUAAAUGUUCCCUCUGCAUCGACAAUCAACGUGUCCAAUCUCGAACGGGUGCCGAAGGCUCACGUCCCGAACCUCUCCCAAGCCGAUUCCCCUGCAGCAAUCCUCUAUACAAGUGGCUCGACCGGAGUCCCCAAGGGGAUUGUCGUCACCCAUUCGGGUCUCCGAAAUGAAAUUGAGGGUUACACCAAGGCUUGGGGACUCGGCGCUGAGAGAACCCUACAACAGAGCGCCUUCACCUUCAAUCACUCCUCUGACCAGAUCUAUACCGGUCUGGUCAACGGUGGCACAGUGUGCAUUGUUCCAUGGAGCCAGCGUGGUGAUCCACUUGAAAUUUCCCAGAUGAUCAAAGAAAGAUCGAUCACCUACACCAAAGCGACUCCGUCUGAGUAUUCUCUGUGGAUGCAGUUUGGAGGUGACAAUCUUCUUCAAGCGACUGAGUGGCGUCGUGCCUUUGGUGGCGGCGAGUCCUUGACCAGUGUUGUCACGCAGCAAUUCGCUGACCUGAAACUGCCGGCUCUUCGACUUUACAACUCGUACGGGCCGACUGAGAUUUCCAUCUCGUCUACCAAGAUGGAAGUCGACUACCGCAACAAAGAGAAGAUGGAAGAAGAUCGCAUUCCCUGCGGGUACAUGCUGCCUAACUAUCAAGUCUAUGCGGUGGAUGAACAGCUGAACCCCCUGCCGGCCGGUAUGCCCGGUGAGCUGUGCAUCGGCGGUGCUGGUGUUGCACUCGGAUACCUCGAUAAGGAACUGACUGACAAGCACUUUGUCGCCAAUCCUUUUGCCACACCCGAAGACGUCCGUCGUGGAUGGACACGCAUGUACCGAACGGGUGAUAUAGGCCAUCUCCAAGACGACGGCGCCAUGGUGUUCCGCAAUCGCAUGGCCGGAGACACCCAGAUCAAGAUCCGCGGUAUUCGGAUUGAAUUGAACGAUAUCGAGAGCAAUAUCGUGUCGGCCGCCAACGGUGCUUUGAAAGAGGCCGUUGUUACACUCCGCGAGGGCGUUCCGAACCUCCUGGUCGCUCAUGUUGUGUUCCAACAUGGACACGAUAUUACGGAUCAGGCCAGCUUCCUGCAGCAACUACUUCGCAAGCUUCAACUCCCACAAUACAUGAUCCCUGUCUUGGCGAUCCCACUCGAUUCGAUGCCCCUGUCUCACCACUCAAAGGUGGACCGGAAGGCCGUAAAGGCCAUGCCCCUGCCUCGCCAAGCUUCGGCUCCCCAGGUGGAUGAGGAGUUGACCGACUCGAUGAUCCAACUGAGACAAAUCUGGCGAGAGGUACUUGGCAACCCGGAUCUGCAUUUCGAUAUCGCUCCGUCCACUAGCUUCUUCAACGUGGGCGGCAACUCCCUCCUGGUUAUCCGUCUUCAGCAAUUCAUCCGCCAGACCUUUGAUGUUGUGAUUCGCCUUGUCGACUUGCUCAGCGCCAACACGCUUGGUGAAAUGACACACAAGAUUGAAGAAAGCCUGCGAAUUGAGGUUGUCGAUUGGGAGAAGGAAACAACCCUUCCCUCCGUCCCAGAUUUCCUUCAGAACCUACGCGAAGCCUUUGCCGAUCGGGAGAAGCCCCAAACCCUGCUGGUCACCGGAGCUACGGGUUACAUCGCCAAAUACCUCCUCCCGCAGUUGGCUUCCAACCCACAGAUUGAAAAGAUCCAUCGCGUUGCCGUGAGGGACCAGCAAUCUCGGACCCAUCAGGAGAUCGGCCAGUCGUCCAAGAUCGUGUCGUACGAUGGUGACCUGACAGCCCCUCAGCUGGGGUUGAGUGAGGAUGAUUUCCACUUCCUCGCCGGCAACGUCGAUCUCAUCCUUCACAUGGGUGGGCAGCGCUCGUUCUGGGAUAACUACCAUGCCCUCCGACCCGUCAAUGUCCAUCCCACCAAGGAACUGGUCACGCUUGCUACCCCCCGCCGUGUGCCUAUUCACUACAUUUCGACGGUCGGGGUCCUUCCCCAAGAAGCGGGCAACGACGCUGUUUCGGCUGCAUCCAACACACCCCCGGUGGAUGGCACCAACGGUUACGUCGCAUCCCGCUGGGCCAGUGAGCGGAUUCUUGAGCGCGCAACUGCGGACCUCAAUAUUCCGGCCUCGAUCUACCGCUUCGUUCCGUCGCUCGAGCGCUCAUCUCCGCAGGAGGUCCUAGAUGAAUUUGUCCGUUUCGUCGACAUCUCGGGUCUCAUGCCUGACAUGAACGAUUGGGAAGGCCGCAUUGACAUGUCUCCUGCCACGGAAGUCGCCGACUGGCUGUCUGGUUUCGUUCUCGCGGACAACUCUAGCAAUGCUGUCCAGUUCACUCAUCACCAGAGCCGCAUCGCGGUCGAUGUUGGUGUCUUGCGGGAUUACCUGGAGGAGCAACGAGGUGGAAAGGGUCUGGAGAGGAUGGCUGGACUCGCAUGGAUUGGACGGAUCAAGAAGCUUGGCUUUGGAUACUUCCUCACGGGGCAGGAAGUCACGGUUGGUCAGGGCAAUGAGGGCCCGCGGUAUGAGUCUCGGCGGUAGUGGGGUUCUUCUGGAGUUUGUGAUUCGUCUUGGACGAUGAUUGUUGUUCAAUUGUGUUUACGGUUUACAUAGAGAGUUGAAUCAAAUUGCUUGUUGG